UUGGUGUAAGACUUCUCAGCCAGGACGAUGUCUGGGAAGGAGGGGAGCUCGGAAGAGCCGGAGGAUCACGCCGGUGAGCUCAGGAAAGGAUCGCGAUCGCUGUCGCUGGAGGAGCCUGGGUUUAGUCAAGGAACAGUAGAUGUGUCACAGGAAGCUUCUGAUGCCUUGGAAGAGAAGCCUUCUAGUCCGGUUUAUACACCUGCUCCUGGGAGGGAUACACUCGACUCAGCAUCUUCCUCUGGAAGCAAGCCUAAGGGAGAUGAAGAGACCAACCGUCAGGUUUCUGAAGCAAGUCCUGGAGAUGCCAGCCCACGGUCAAAACCAGGAACUGCACAGAAUUCGUCAUCGUCGGUAAAUGAAACUGCAGACUCUCAGGUUUCCGCUGACUUCCUGCUGUGUGAGACGGUCAGAAAAGCGAGUCCACAGACCCCUGAAGAAAAUCAGCAAGGACUUGACUUCGAGUCGGAUAACUUCACAGUUCACCUCGAGGCCAAAGGGCUACAAGAAUUCCCAAAGGAUAUUUUAAAAAUCAAAUACGUGAAAUAUCUGUAUUUAGAUAAGAAUCAAAUCAGAACUUUUCAAGGGACGGACCCAGGUGACCUGCGAGGGCUUGAAAUUCUAUCCUUACAAGAAAAUGAGUUAUCAUCCCUUCCAUCUGAAAUUCAGUUACUUCAUAAUUUAAGGAUAUUAAACGUCAGUCACAACCAAAUAGCACAUAUACCCAAAGAAUUAUCACAGCUUGGGAACAUCAGGCAACUCUUCCUUAGUAACAAUUACAUUGAGACAUUUCCCUCUGACUUAGAAAGUCUGGGAAACUUGGAAAUACUAAGUUUGGGUAGAAAUAAGAUGAGGUAUAUACCAGACACGCUGCCUAGUUUAAAGAACUUGAAAGUUCUCAGUCUGGAAUAUAAUCAAUUAACCAUAUUUCCUAAGUCUCUGUGCUUCCUUCCAAAGUUAAUUUCACUAAACCUUACUGGAAACCUGAUAGAGAGUUUACCAAAAGAAAUCAGAGGGCUGAAACAUUUAGAAAAACUUUUCCUGGAUCACAAUAAACUUACUUUUUUGGCAGUGGAAAUUUUUCAGUUAUUCAAAAUAAAGGAACUCCAAUUGGCCGACAAUAAGUUGGAACUUAUUUCACACAAAAUUGAGAAUUUCAAGGAACUUAGGGUUCUUAUACUUGAUAAAAAUUUGUUGAAGAAUAUACCGGAGAAAAUUUCCUCCUGUGGAAUGUUGGAAUGCCUGAGUCUAAGUGAUAACAAAUUAAGUGACCUGCCUAAGACUAUCUAUAAGCUCAAAAAUUUAAGAAAACUCCAUGUAAACAGAAAUAAUAUUGUGAAAAUAGCUGAAGAUAUCUCACAUCUUAAUAAGAUGUGCAGUCUGGAAUUUUCAGGAAAUUUAAUCACAGAUGUUCCCAUUGAAAUAAAAAACUGCAGGAAAAUAACUAAAGUUGAAUUGAAUUAUAAUAAAAUCAUCUAUUUUCCAGUAGGACUGUGUGCUUUAGAGUCUCUUUAUUAUUUGAGUUUUAGUGGAAAUUAUAUUUCAGAAAUACCUGUGGAUAUAUCUUUCAGUAAUCAACUGCUUCACUUAGCACUUAAUCAAAACAAACUCCUCAUAUUUUCUGAGCAUUUAUGUUCUCUUAUUAAUCUUAGAUACCUUGAUCUUGGUAAAAACCAAAUAAGGAAAGUUCCACCAUCUGUCUCCAAAAUGGUAUCACUCCAUGUACUUAUUUUAUAUUCAAACAAAUUUGAAACUUUCCCAGUAGAAUUGUGUACUUUGGAAAAUUUGCAAGUACUUGAUUUUUCAGAAAACCAGUUACAAAGGGUCCCUUCUGAGAUCUGUAAUUUAAAAGGAAUCCAGAAACUGAACUUCUCAAGCAAUCAAUUUAUAUAUUUUCCUGUUGAACUGUGCCAACUUCAAUCCCUGGAAGAGCUGAACAUGAGUCAGAUAAACGGAAGGAAGUUAACAAGAAUCCCAGAAGAGCUCUCUAAUAUGACUCAACUUAAAAAUCUUGAUAUCUCAAAUAACGCAAUCAGAGAGAUUCCAAAAAAGAUGGGGGAACUGAGAAGUUUGGUUAAUUUAUAUGCACAAAACAAUCAAAUAAGUUAUCUUCCACCAUCAUUUCUAUCUUUAAAUAAUCUCCAACAACUAAACCUGAGUGGAAAUAAUCUGACAGCUCUGCCUGGCGCUAUAUGCAAUCUUUCUUCACUGAAGGAGAUAAACUUUGAUGAUAACCCUUUGCUGAGACCUCCAAUGGAAAUCUGUAAAGGAAAACAGCUAUAUACUAUCGCACGCUAUCUACAGAGGGCAGAUGAAAGAGAUGAGAAAAUCUUAGAGAAGACAUUCAAGAUAGUUGCCAACAAUAUCACUGAGACAAAUUUUGUAUUUUUGUGUCAAAAAAUGAAUCUGCCAAUCUCAGACACUGAUAUGCCUACAAAGAGCACUGUUUCAUUAAAUGAGAGAGUCUAUCAAGCACUUGUUAAAUGGAAAAUGGAAAGUAACAACUUACCACUAACUGCUGCUGCUUUAAAAGACCAACUAGUUCGGGCAUUAACUAUGAUAGGAGCAUAUGAAAUUAUGGACAAAAUAACAGCUUUAAAUCUUUUUACACGUGCAAUUAAAUUCUAG